AGUGUACAGUCUGUACAAAAAGUUUCUCUUUAUCUGGUAAUUUCAAUAGCCACAUGCGAACUCACACCAAAGAAAAGCCUUAUCAGUGUACAGUCUGUACAAAAAGUUUCUCUUUAUCUGGUAAUUUCAAUAGCCACAUGCGAACUCACACCAAAGAAAAGCCUUAUCAGUGUACAGUCUGUACAAAACGUUUUUCUCUCAGAGGUAAUUUGAAUGCUCACAUGCGAACUCACACUAAAGAAAAACCUUAUCAGUGUACAGUCUGUUCAAAACGUUACUCUCAAAGUAGUAAUUUGAAUGUCCACAUGCGAACUCACACUAAAGAAAAGCCUUAUCAGUGUACAGUCUGUUCAAAACGUUACUCUCAAAGUGGUAAUUUGAAUGUCCACAUGCGAACUCACACCAAAGAGCAGCCUUAG